AUGGAAGGAACACAGGAACAAGGGAAACUCUUCCGGACAAGGCAAGGCAACAUGGAGACUAUUCCUCGUCAAUAUAACCCACCUCGUCGUUGGACUAAUCAACCUGCUGUGGGAGAUGCUAUUCUCCCUGAUCCGGAUGGACUUAUCCAAGCCAUAUAUGCAGAGGAGAAGCUUGGAUGGAGAAGUGGCACUGCAAGCCAGCCAGUAGCUCCCCAGGUUCACCUAGACAUCCUUGAUCAUCCUCCAGCAGAACUACUGCCCGAUUACUUGGCAGCUUGGAUGCAACGCAAUCCGGAUAUUCAUGCUGCUCUUCCUGAACCAGCAACAAUAGGAUCAGACCAGCAUGCUUUCGAGCCACAUAGCGACCUGGGAGAUGAGACAACAUCGGCUGAUACGUACCACGACGCUUCAGACAUACCCAGCCAUUCAAAGUUGCGUCCAAGUUGGCAAGAUGGCGCCAUUGUCUCCGAAGACCCGGGACUCUCUGCCUCUGUAGAUGGCGCUUCUUAUUUGAAGCCCAGCAUAAGCUCUCCAGUUGCAUUACCACCAAAGAAAAAACCCAGACAAUUCCCCCUGGCUAUUCCCAAGCCCUCUUUCAAUUUCAUACCAAAGAAAAGUACCGACCCUCCAAACCAGUCGGCCAGAUCAAAGUCGACCCUCCCAAAAUUGCGAGGGAGAACCAAAUCAGACGAGACACCCAAACCAGCGACAACAAAAAAGCUGAGAUUUUCAUCAGUCGUACACAGCAGCACGCCACCGACAAAACGAAGAAUCUCUCUCGGGCGGAAGAAAUCCGAUACCUCUAUGAAAAGCAGUCUCGCCGGACCACGCUCGGGGGAGAUUUCUCCUCUCACAACCACCAAACCAGAAACUUCCUUUGCUCUUGCCGUCUUCGCAGAACCCACCGACAUCCCCACCGAGCCCCGAGACGCCCCCGGCUCAACCCCCAAACCCAAACACCACAAACCCUCUAAAUUCUCCUCUUUCAAACCCAAGAAACGCACCCCCCUAACGCGCCUCUCGCCCACCGCCAUUGCCCCCGUUCCCGGCCAGCCUUACGAACACAUCCCGAGUCCCGAGGAACCCGACCCGCGCAAGAAAUUGCGGCUCGGUCGUUAUGAGAAGGUUAAAGCUGGUACUCAGCGCGCUGUUCGCCAGUGGCGCAAGUUUACUUUGCGGAAGAGCGUGUUGCAGAUCAUGCUGGGUAGGCGGCUGGCUGGGCCUGUGGCUGCUAAUUUGAAGGUUUUGGCGGGGAGAAAGAUGGUGUUGGAGGGUGGACCGGGGACUGGGUUGUGGGGGAUAGCUGAUGGCGGCGGGUUGGGGGAGAGGAGUUUGUCGGGGAGGGCGGUGGGGUGA